UCUCAAUGGAAAUGACCCACCUGAAAUUUGUAAAAAGAAUGCGCAAGUUGCUGCAGACAACAAUCGACCAGAUUUAGAACAAGCUUGGCAUCUGGCUUCUUUAAUUUUAACCCAAAUUAUUCACAAUAAACGUAUGUCAUCUGAACGUCUAUUAUUACCAUUAGGAAUGCAAUCAAAAUACGUAAGCAAACGAAGGCUUAGUAAUAAUAGUUAUGAGGAUGGAUUUCCAAGCUUAUUUGGAAGAGUGAAUUGGGGAUUCCAUCCAUUGGGAAGAAAUAUUGUACAGAAUUUGUUUAAUCAUUUUGCUGAGUUAGGAGACAUCCAAAUGUUUGCUAUGUUAUCUUGUGUAUUUCGGGAACCGUUUCCUCCACAAAAGAAGUUUGCUUGGUCACACGAACUUUAUUCUAGAAUUAUUCCAGAUUCAUUAAACUCUACGAUGUCACACAAUAUGAGUUAUUAUAAUAAUUAUCCUCGAUAUAAUGAAAGUUACUCAAUACCAAAUUUUGUUCGUAAUCAUUACCAAUAUGGUUACCAAACAAUAUCUACAACAUUUGGACAAAUAUUUAGUGAAUCUAAUUCUUCCAAGGGUUCAUUGGGCGUAAUUAACAAUCCGAUUGAUUCAUGCAGUAAUAUAACUAUAUCCGCAACACCACCCACGCCAUCGACCCUCACUUAUGGAAAUUCUGAUGAUUCCGGUGGUCCGAUAAUGAUACCUUCGUCUAGUCAUUCUUUACACCAUCAGAGGAGAUCUACAUUCGGUGGAACAUCAAAAGAAUCAAAUCAUUUUUCUUCAAGCGUUAGUACUACUGCAUCUUCACCGCGAUUGCUAAGAAAAGGUAGUCCUGCUAGUUAUCGGUUGGAUAGUUUUGGAUUUAGUUCGAAUGGAUAUUAUGGGGAUAGAUUUAUGGAUGUUGAAAAAAAAAUAGAAAAAAAGAGUUCUGAUGUGAACUUAGUCAUGAUGAAUUGCGGUGAAUUUGAUGAUGAAAGAAAUCCACAAACUGUUACAUUGUUGGAUGAUGAUAGAUCAACGACAGCAUUGCAUGAUCAAUAUCGUUUAGCAUAUGCUGAAAUAUUAUAUCAUUGGGGCCUUUAUGAAGCACGUGCUGAGCUUUUGAAGUUUAUGAGUUUCGUCAAAACUACAGUGGGAAGCCCUCUUGGUGAACAACAGCAACCUUUAGAGAUUGGAAUACAUUGCAAUCAAUGUGGGGCUGAAAUAAAAGCAGGUUCAGAGUGUGGAAACUGUCAGCGCAAAAGAAUUGGCAUAAAAUGCUCGGUUUGUCAUCGAUUUGUCAAAGGAUUAACAAAUUUUUGUAUUAUGUGCAAACAUGGAGGGCAUACAUCUCAUUUACGUGAAUGGUUUGAGUCAGAAAGUGAUGAAUGUCCUACGGGAUGUGGAUGUCGUU